AUGAAUGACAUCCAUGUAUGCGUGAGGAGCACCCGGACGCGACGGGUAAUCAUCGGCGAAUCUGGCCCUGACAUCACUGCUGAGCUGUGGGUUGACCCCGCCAGCGAUGGGCGAGCUCCAGCGGCGCCGGGGCUUGGGGGCGGCCGAGUUAGUGGACGGCAAACCUCUGAAUGGCGGGGCACAUGGUUGGCAACUUUUUGGGUCGCAAAACUUCAAAGCCAACAUCGUAACGAUUCGCUUGUGCCGGCCGACGAGAACAGCCGAUCAGACAACCAGACUCACCCACCGGAUACCCCCGCGUUCGAACCUGCCACAGUCGUAACCAUGGACAUCAAGGACCUCGCGGCGAACAACCCCACGCCCCCUCCGGGCUUCGACCCAGAGAAUGCCCAGAACCUCGAAGAUAUGGAGAAGCAGUUCGCCGUCAAGGUCGUACAGCACAUGGAGAUCUACUUCUCCAUCCUCGAGAAGGUCAAGGGCUCGACCGUGCGCCUCACCAAGAUGGACGACGAGAUCUACGAGCACCUCCAGAAGGAUUUCCCCGAGUUCGACCCCGCCGAGCCCAUCGACGAGGACAAAAUGAAGAGCCCCGAGGGCAAGAAGCGCUGGCGCGACUUCAUGAUGCAGUACGAGAAGAAGAUUGACGACUACAACUUCGGCACCAUGGUGCGCGCCAGCCCCAAGACCGAGUACACCCAGGAGGGGACCAUCUUCGUGCCCAGGAUGCAGUUCUACGCCGUCGAGAUCGCCAGGAACAGGAAUGGCCUGAAUGACUGGAUUUACGAGGAGAAGCAGAAGGAGAAGGCCGGAAAGUCAUGA